CGGAAUCAAAUCGGCGAUAGAUAAGCUCGUCGCAGCCAGCCCUGGGGGCGUAUAUAAGUUUCGUAUUUCAUGGGCGUCCGCGUGUUACCGUUUCUCUCGUAUUUCAGAAUCAGUUUAUUAAACUAUUCUCGCAGUUGAGCUCCGCGCGUUUCUUCCGCCAUGAAUUCGCCGUUGCCCGUCCUUGGAUUCGUCUUCCUCGUCGUUUCUACGUCGAAAUUCUGGGUUGAGGCAAACGGCGACUGUAACAGCGAGGCGCCAGGAAUCUCGGCCGCUUCGCGUCUACGAAGGCAUUUGUUAUGCAAUUAUGACAAAACCGUUCGUCCGAUCGUCAAUGACAGCUCGACCACCAAGGUGCACGUCACCCUCUUUCCGCAAUCCAUCGACUUCUACGAUCGUGAAAAUACCCUCAGGUUUCACGCUUGGAUGUCAUUGGAAUGGAGGGACGAACAUCUCAAUUGGACAACGAAGGAUUAUAAAGAUAUGACAUUCGUCCAAGUCACCAGUGAUGAAAUUUGGGUGCCGCCAAUAUCGAUUUACAACUCCGUCGAGCUUGGCGCCGACGGAAUGCAGACAACAAACUGCUUGGUACAUUACAUGGGUCUGGUAGUAUGUGUCCCGAUGGUCCAAUAUUUGACAAGUUGCGUUUCGGACUACCGGGACUGGCCGUUCGACAGGCACAAUUGUACAAUUCUUCUCGGUUCCUGGACGUACAAAGGAGAGGAAAUAUCUUAUCGCAUCUGGGAUCCGACGAUGUUCUCCCACCCAGCGGUAGAAUUAUUUCAAUUCGUACCCAACUCUGAGUGGAGAUUGCUGUCGAUCACCUCUAUUACGAAAAUCGACGGAUUUCCGGAAGUCAAUUUCACAUUUCCAACGAUAAGCUAUAGCUUGAUCAUUGAACGACACUCGACCAUGAUGCAGACGACUAUAAUCACACCGGCAGUUCUACUAAUCAUAGUGACCUUAACGGUACUCUGGUUGCAUCCAAACUCCCCGGAACGAUUGAUAGCGGCAGUCCUCAACCUGAUCUGCCAUUUAAUCUGCAUCUGGGACGUGAAUGAGCAAGUGCCUUUCAACGGUUCGAGCACGCCCUCGAUACUCUACUUCCAUCAAAGCUCGAUGAUCAUCGCGAGCUUCGCCCUUUUUCUGACCGUAUUCCUGCGCCAGCUUGGAGAAACAUCGAUCGCCACGCCUGCCUGGUUGGAUUCGACGACAUCCGCGAUCCUGACAAGCAGGACCGGCCAGUUGAUCCUGCUGACCGCUUUGAGACCUAAAGCUUCCGGGACACUCGGAGCAGAGGAGGUCAAUGUCGGAUCGACGGACGCGAAGUUUUUUUCGCACAACGUCAACUCCGGGAGGUCAACCGGGUGGCAACAGCUCUCCACUAUCCUAGACCGACUGUCAUUUCUAAUUGUGUUUUGGACUUACGUCAUCAUGAUAUGCGUUCUGGCACCUAAAAACGACAUUCUGAGCGUUCCCGAAAUCGUACGUUACUGAACAUUCUUCAAAACCAGGAAAGCAUCUUGUUAUCCAUUCUCGAGGGGUUAACGUAUACUGGAAAUAAGAUGAAGAGAAAAAUUUUGUACCGAAGAUAACUUGGUAAAAUUUACACACCCAUGUUUAAUCACGACGUCGAAACUGAUCCUCUCAAUUUAUUUAUUCGUACUUGUAUGAUUCGUUAUUCGUACCGUUUGUUCAAGAAUCAUCGUCGGUAGUCUUAUCUGAAAUAUAGGGUGAUUGCGAAAAUUUGAAAAGGAUUUGAUCUCGGUGAAAAAUUCGUUAAACUUUGUGAAAAUUCAAUGUAAGCCUACGACAGAAAAAAAACUCGAUUUUCUGCACGCCUGCAGUCAAGGGCUGAAAUAUUUCACUCACGCAUGUUUGUACAAUACAAUUAUACGCAACUAUACACAAUAAAGUCGUAUUCACAUAAAUUCCGAGGUACUGAUAAAUGUGAUCGGUAGUAAAUUUGCACGAUGGUAGACCGAUCGCCUACCGGAUCUCCGAUAUCAUUGAACCAAACCAUCGGACAAUGACCAUAAUAAAAAAACAAUUUUCAGCA